UGCCCGGUUUCAGCAGCAGCGCGGUGUCAGUGCGCGUGCUGCCCGAUCGGCAAAAGGAGCCGCGCGAAACAAAGCACAUCAAAUGAGCCGAGAGGGAGCUUCCGGCGGGGCUCCUUUCCGCGCGCGCUCCACCUCUCCGUGAUUACAGGAACACAAAAAACAAAUUAACAAAACAAACUAAUCAGCGCACACCCGCUUCAAGACGUCAUGGAGGACAAGACGAGCUCGAGGGACGAGAGAGCGGACGCGGGGAAUUCGGUGCAGAGGCGAGACUCGGCGAAGAAAACCGGUGGAGGAGGUGGUGGUGGAGGAGGAGGUGGUGUGAGUCCCAGCGCGUCCAAAGAGCACGGCAACUCGGUGAGCGCGAGCGCGCGGACAGACCGGGACCGGGAGGAGGCUGCGGUGGGGCUGUGUGACGAUACCGAGAGCCGACAGCAGCAGUACAGCUUCAUGCAGCGGCAGAUCGGCGCGAUGCUGCAGCCCGGAGUGAACAAGUUCUCGCUGCGCAUGUUCGGCAGCCAGAAAGCCGUGGAGAAGGAGCAGGAGCGCGUGCAGACCGCCGGCUACUGGAUCAUCCACCCUUACAGCGACUUCAGGUUCUACUGGGACUUGAUCAUGCUCAUCAUGAUGAUGGGGAACCUAAUCAUCAUUCCUGUGGGAAUAACCUUCUUUUCCGAGCAGACCACCACCACCUGGCUGGUGUUCAACGUGGCCUCGGACACCAUCUUCCUGGUGGACCUGGUCAUGAACUUCCGCACGGGAAUCGUCAACGAGGAGAGCUCGGAGAUCAUCCUGGACCCCAAGGUGAUUAAGAUGAACUACCUGAAGAGCUGGUUCGUGGUGGAUUUUCUCUCCUCCAUUCCCGUGGAUUAUAUCUUUCUGAUCGUGGAGAAGGGCUUCGACUCGGAGGUGUACAAGACGGCGCGGGCGCUGCGCAUCGUCCGCUUCACCAAGAUCCUCAGCCUGCUGCGUCUGCUCCGCCUCUCACGCCUCAUCAGAUAUAUCCACCAAUGGGAGGAGAUUUUCCACAUGACCUACGACCUGGCGAGUGCAGUGGUAAGAAUCUUUAACCUGAUUGGGAUGAUGCUCUUGCUGUGUCACUGGGACGGAUGUCUGCAGUUCCUGGUUCCUCUGCUCCAGGACUUUCCUCCGGAUUGCUGGGUGUCACUAAACGGUAUGGUUAACGACUCGUGGGGGAAGCAGUACUCAUACGCUCUCUUCAAGGCCAUGAGUCACAUGCUGUGUAUCGGAUACGGAGCCCGAGCGCCGGUCAGCAUGUCGGAUCUGUGGAUCACGAUGCUCAGCAUGAUCGUGGGAGCGACGUGUUACGCCAUGUUCGUGGGUCACGCAACGGCGCUCAUCCAGUCGCUGGACUCCUCACGCAGACAGUACCAGGAGAAGUACAAGCAAGUGGAGCAGUACAUGUCCUUCCACAAGCUCCCGGCCGACAUGCGCCAGAAGAUCCACGACUACUAUGAGCACCGCUACCAGGGCAAGAUCUUCGACGAGGACAACAUCCUGAACGAACUCAACGACCCUCUGAAAGAGGAGAUUGUUAACUUUAACUGCAGGAAGCUGGUAGCCACCAUGCCUCUGUUCGCCAACGCCGAUCCCAACUUCGUCACCGGAAUGCUGAGCAAGCUGAAGUUCGAGGUCUUCCAGCCCAACGAUUACAUCAUCCGCGAGGGCACAGUGGGGAAGAAGAUGUACUUCAUCCAGCACGGCGUGGCCAGCGUCAUCACCAAGCACAACAAGGAGAUCAAGCUGACCGACGGAUCCUACUUCGGAGAAAUCUGCCUCCUGACCAAAGGACGUCGCACCGCUAGCGUCCGCGCCGACACGUACUGCCGCCUCUUCUCUCUGUCCGUCGACCAUUUCAACGAAGUGCUGGAGGAAUACCCCAUGAUGCGCCGCGCCUUCGAGACCGUCGCCAUCGACCGCCUGGACCGCAUCGGGAAGAAGAAUUCCCUCCUGCUCCAGAAGUUCCAGAAGGACCUGAAUGCCGGCGUGUUCAAUACACAGGAGAACGAGCUUCUGAAGCAGAUUAUCCGACAGGACCGGGAGAUGGUGAUGAUGGUGGAGAGGAAGCAGUCGUUCACAGGGGCGAAUUCAACGCCCAUGUCCGGAAACUCCAUCAUUAACUCUCCAGCUCAGCCUCCUUUUGCAAACAGCCAGUUCCAGCAGCAACUGCAAUCCUCACCCCUGACCCCUAUGCCCCCCAUGACCUACAGCACCUCGGCAUCCAUCAUCCCUGCGGCUCGCCUAGCAGGGAGCGUGGCCUUCUCGUCGCCAGGAAACCCGGCCACGCCCCUACAGCAGCAGCCGACGCCCGGAGGCGUCAUGUCUCCCUGCUCGUUCACGGCAGGGCGAACCUUCCAGUACGGAUCGCCCACGGCUUCGCAGCUGUCGCUCGUGCCCCAGCUGUCGGCCAUAACGACGCAGCAACAGCAGCAGCAGUCGUCGCAGCCGCAGCAGGCGUCCCCGCAAAGAAACGAGGUUCACAGCAGUCUUAGCAGGGACGUGCGCCAUCUUUCGGCCUCUCAGCCCUCGCUGCCUCAUGAAACCUCACUAGCCAUCAGACAACAUCCAUCGUCCGGAGAAUCCUUGGCAUCUAUCCAGCCCGCAGUAAGCCCCUCCCCACAAGCCCCUGGCUCUGCCCCACAGCAGGGUGCCAUUCGUGCCACCGUCCCUCCGAGGGUGGCGCUUUUCCGACAAAUGUCAUCAGGCGCACUGCCACCGGUGCGAGCAGCGCCCUCUACAGUCCAGCACAGAGAUCCCAUGGGAUCCAGGAGAGAGUCGGCCGUCUUAAACAGCGGCACCGAGACUGAACAAGACAAGUUGCGCUUCGCGUCGAAUUUAUGAUUUUUCUUUCGGUUCUUCUUCUUCAUUUAUUUAUUGAUUGAUUUUUUUAAAAGAAUGAUUUUGCUUCAUUUUUAUGGAGAAAAAAAAAGAGACGAGUAUUUUUGUUUCUUCCUCCAACCAACCUCGUAGAUCUCCUGUACAGACUCGCCCUUGUAUUAUAUUCUAUUUUAGAAACCUUUUCCCUUCAACGUAAGAAUGUAUAUUAUACAAAUAUAUACAUGUAAAUCUAGAAUAUUUGGCACUGCCUAUAUGAAAAAAGGCGGGAAAACACUAGUAUAAAUGCAAGUCUUCCUUUCUGAUAUGUAUAUACGACGGACAUGUUGGGGAUUCCGAGCUUUUUUUCUUUUUUCUCUUUCUUUGUUACGUUUUUUUCUUGUUCUUGUUUGUCUUUUUUGUUUUUUGUAACUGGAAUGAAACGUGAUCGCUGGCUUUUAUUUUCUGAAAUCGUUUUGUUUUGUUUUGUUUUGAAGCGAUGUCCAAAUACAAGUCCAGCAUUCAGCAGCUUUUUUGGCAUCACUGUGGAAAACCUACACGAAUAACCGAUACUGGCGUUCCAAAAAAAAUAAAUAAAUAAAUACAACAAAAAUAAAAAAGGCUGCACACGCUCACCGAUACGGAUAUUUAUCAAGAGGACGGAGAUUACACGGAGGAAAAAAGAAGAGCGGGGGAAAAGAGUAAAAGAGUUCCUCCAUUGCAAUACGACGGUCCAGUAACUGAGGUGUAGUGUUAAGACCGAGGCAGUGUUACAGGAUCGAAGGAAAUAAAAGUUGCUAUUUUUUUUUUUCUUUUUUUUUUUUUUGAUUUUAUCCUUUUCUCCUGUUAAUUAUUUGUGAAAGAGGGAGCAGGGCUGCAGGUGGAUUCUUUUCUACCCCUGGUUUCUGAGACGGACAUGAUGAAAUGUAUGUGACUGUGUACAUUUAUAAUAUUUAUAAACUAAAGAUUAUCACCAUUAUGCAAUAGACUGUGAUUAUAAAGAUGAAACUAUAUGUGUGUUGUAAAUAGUUUUGUAGAGCUAGUCCUUGCAGAAUAACGUGUGGUGCAUUCUCGAACAUGGCAAUGUCUUACCGGUCUGAAGCCUGGAUAUCACCCACAUCAAUAUAAAUAGAACUCUCUCUAUAUAUAUAUAUAUACAUACAUACAUAUAUAUGCAUAUGUACAGAAGUGAUCACGAGUUAUCAUUAUCAUUGUUAGCGACACGCGAACCUUAAUGCAAACCACGGCAUGAUCGUUUGUUCGAGAUCGCUGUAAGAGGCCAACGUUAGCUCGCAGUGGUCUUUUAGAGACCGGAGAACAGCAGCGAGGAGAGAUCGAUGAUGGGACAAAAAGCUUUUUGUAGUCUAAAAGCACACUUGUUUCUAAAUGGCCCCCGUAUUUAUAGAACGUCGAUCCACACCUACGAUAAGAAGUCGUUACUGUAAGCUGAACGGUGCACUGACUUCAACUCGCUAUUCCUGUUUUUCGUUCACGUCAGUAUUACGCUCGAGCUAUCCGCUCUGGAUGUCACUCUGGAUAUCGCUAUGCAGUUGCUUGUUGUGUUUUAUUUUUUCACAUUCACGUUCACAGUUUCACAUCUCUCAUGGAAAAGAACUGACCGAUCCCGAGCCCUGUCUUAAUGCUACUGUUACUGUUUCUACGAUGGGUUUCCUUUAGCAAUGACCUUUUUGUUCGUUAAAUAAUAACACUUUUAUCCAUUUAGAGUUACAUGUGAUGAUGUGGAACACCGUUAGAACACCUCACUUCCUGUUACGUUAAAGCAGCAAUAAACAGUCAUCGCCUCUCUGUCUUGAAGUUUAAUAAGAUCAAAUAUUCGAUGUAGAUGUCGCUGUUACACUCUUACAGAACACUGACACUGGAGACUCCUUCCCUAUUAAAACGUAACAACGGUUACACGUGAUUUAAUUUAAUAAUUAGACAUUUAAACAUUUAUCGUAUGGAUAAUAUACAGAUUUUGUGUACACACAUGAGUAAUUAAAAUCAAUUCUAACCCAGGGCUUAAUGCUAAUGUUCUUCUACAAAUUAGCUAUGCAGUUUAGCAACUUUAUUAAACAAAUCAGCUUAGCGAAGAGCUAAGAGUCUCCACUUUUUGUUGGUUUCAUUUAUUGAUGUCUUGAUUUUCCACCCAGAGAGCAAGAGGAACAAGGCAUACAGAAGCCGGGGCUUUGGAUCGGUCAGUUAUUCAGCUCUCUGUACACUUCAUAACGAGCGCCGUUAACCAAACUGUGGAUUCUACACGCCCAUUGCACAGCACUUUUUUUCUUUUCUUUUUUUUAGAAGAGAGAGAGAGUAUAUGAGCAAAUAAAUCCAUCUGAGCUGCAUCAGUGAUGCGCAGAAUGAAAUGUCAGAAUGAAUCUGAUUUGCACUCUACUCGGGUUUUUCAUUGCUGUUAUUGAUUACGGAUUUGUUUUCUGUGUCACAGUCCGUCUGUAAAUGGGAUCGAGGACGAGGAGAAAAUAUUUGUUUCCGUCUGAGAAGCAAGCUACAGCUAAAGCUGUGUUGCAUUAAGGUUUCUCGCUCAUGUGUGUGUUGGUGUAUGUGUGUGUGUGAGUGUGUGGAUAAGCAUCCUCAAAGAGGCUUGAACCUCAGGUAUAGGUAACCUCACCCUUAUGUUCUGUUCAUGUACUGGAAAGGUUAUGAUGAUGAUAUUUUCACAUCACAAACAAAUGAACAUUACUAUCCAAUAUUUUUAUCACAGGAAGCUCACAUUUCUCUCAUUAGGUACUUCAUCACUUAGCAGACAUAAUCAGAGACACUUUCGAUCAUAAGUAAGAUUCACUGCUGUCUCUUUCAGGUCAGUGUGUGAAUCAGUGAAUCAUAACUAAGUUUGAAGUUUGCACUCAGAAUGUGACUCAGUGAAUCUCCUGAUCAUGACUGAACUUUAUUCUCCUCUAAAUCAGUCAGCGUGUGAAUCGGUGAUUCAGUGACUCUUUUGCUCAUAACUAAGAUUCUAUCUGCUCUCAUUCGACUCAGAAUGUGACUCAGUGGAUGUUCUGAUCAUGCCUGAACUUCAUUCUCCUUUACAUUGGGCCAGUGUGUGACUCAGUGAAUCAGUCAGUGUGUGAAUCAGUGAUUCAGUGACUCUUUUGAUCAUAACUAAGAUUCCUCUUCUCUCUCAUUCAAGUCAGUGUGUGAAUCAGCGAAUCUUUUAAAUUGCCCAUAUCUUAUUUGACUUAAAAUGUGACUCAGCAACUUCUUCGAUCGUGACUGAGAUUCACUUCCCUCUCAUUCAGGUCAGUGUGUGAAUCACUGAAACUUUUAAUUAUGACUGAGAUUCCCUGCUCUCUUAGUUGGGGUACUGCAUGAAUCAGUGAGUCAUUUGAUAUUGAAAGAGAUUCCCUGCUUUUUCAUUCAAGUCAGUGUAUGAAUCAGUGAAUCAUUUGAUAAUGACAGAUUCCCUGCUCUUUCAUUCAGGUCAGUGUAUGAAUCAGUGAAUCAUUUGAUAUUGAAAGAGAUUCAGUGCUCUUUCAUUCAAGUCAGUGUGCAGUAUGAAUCAUUGAAUCAUUUGCUAAUGAAAGAGAUUCCCUGCUCUUUCAUACAAGUCAUUGUACGAGUCAGUGAAUCAUUUGGUCAUGAGAUUCAGAGAUUCAUGGUCAGAGAUUCACUUUUUUGUUGAGUCACUGAAUACACUGAUGUUGGUUGGCUGUUUUAUUUUUUUUUUUAGAGUUUAGAUUUCCAGCAUUUCAGUGCACAUCUUAUUGUAGAUAAUAAAAAAUAAGAAUAGAAUUAAAAUUGUUUUCCACAGGAUCUUUUUUCUCUCAUACUAUGAAAUUUCAUGUCCACAUAUCUUCACUGAGAUAAAGAGAAGGCUUAAAUAAAUAAAUAGAUUAGAGUUCAUUAUAGGAUGUAAGCAGUGAACAGAACAUGAGGGUUCAAUAAGAUGGCAGUGAAGCAUCAGAGAGCCUGAAGUUUCAAGCCUCAUUUUUUUCACCACGCUUCAGACUCACAGGACUGACCGAAGCUCAGCGUGCUGCAUUCACCCAACUCCAGGCAUCUUCACUCUCCCGCAUGCACCACCACAACUACUUACAGAAGAUACUAUUUAAAAUCCUUGACGUUUAAAUGUAUUGUAAGAAGUUAUUUUUUUCUUCUCUGUCUGCCUGGAAGCGAUGUGUGUGUGUGUGUGUGUGUGUGUGUGACAGAAGCGUUUCAGAAGAUUCUUCACCAAAAGCACGUUUUUAAGUAUUUGUGCCUAAACUAUAUCAAGACUUUCACCCGUCUCAUCCUUCCCAGCGUGUGUGUGUGUGUGUGUGUGUGUGCUCACACGGACGAGUGUGUAUUCCUUCAGCUUCUUCUAAAAAUCUCCAAAACAUGGCAUGGAAAAUAGGUGUUGCCUUCAAGUCCUGUUGGAAACGUGGGAAUUCCGAGAUAUCGCACUAUGCCGGAAUUUCUAGUUUUCUAGAAGCGACUGAUUGAGCGGUUAUAUCACUGUCACUGCUGUUAUUAAUUCCAUAAUGUUUAUUUGUUUGCUGCUAAAUAAAUAAAUAAACAUGAUCACAUGACAGAAGCUCCUCCUCCUGCCGGCUUAACAAGUUUUUUUAUGAAAGCCUUUUAAGAAGCCUUCAUGUAAUGUUUUUGUUUUUUUUCCAGGCCAUGUAUUUUAUUUCCCUCUAAAUACUUUUGUGUUCAUAUCACGCUGUUCUUUAAGAUAAAAAAGGAGGAUCUUGAGAAGGACUUGAAGGCAGCAAAACGUCCACGCAAAGUCUGUUCUUUACCCAACUUUCGUGGCAGGUAUGACGCGUCACGCUAAAGUUGUCAUGCUAAAAUCUUGUAGUUCAGUUCCUCUUUAUCUUCUCCUCCUAGCAUCAUGCUAAUUUCAGCUAGCAUAUCUUCCCACAGCGGAUUACGGCAGAUUAAAUACCGAGGCCUUGAACAUGCAUCUGUACGGCUUAUUAAUUACACUAUAUUGCCAAAAGUUUUGGGACGUCUGCUUUUCCAUGCACAUGAAUGUAAUAUGGAGUUGUCCCGCCCUUUGCAGCUAUAACAGCUUCAACUCUUCUGGGAAGGUUUUCCACAAGGUUUAGGAGUGUGUUUAUGGGAAUUUUUGACCGUUCCUCUAGAAGCACAUUUGUGAGGUCAGACACUGAUGUUGGAGGAGAAGGUCUGUCUCACAGUCUCCACUCUAAUUCAUCCCAAAGGUGUUCUAUCGGGUUGAGGUCAGGACUCUGUGCAGGACAGUCAAGUUCAUCCACACCAAACUCACUCAUCCAUGUCUUUAUGGACCUUGCUUUGGUCACUGGUGUGCAGUCAUGUUGGAACAGGAAGGGGUCAUCCCCAAACUGUUCCCACAAAGAGCAUGAAAUUGUCCAAAAUGUCUUGGUAUGAAGCUGAAGCAUUAAGAGUUCCUUUCAUUGGAACUAAGGGGCGGAGCCCAACCCCUGAAAAACAACACCUGAAUUCUAUGAUCUAGAGGGGUGUCCCAAUACUUUUGAUAGUAUAGUGUAUCACUAGCUUGCAAGUGUACAGUGAAUCUUUCAGUAAAGAUGCUAGCUUAUUAGUUAGCAAAAACAGCCAUGAUGAGAAUUGGGCCUUGGAUUGAGUGACGGUUUGUUGAUUAUUUGUUGUCUUUUGUUACGUGAUUUUGAUCAAAUUUUUGGGGGAUUUUUUUGGGGAUGUUCCUGAGAGACUCGCCGAGCUGCUCAUUUCUUGUAAAAACUUGAAACGGACAAAAUUCAGCAAAUCCUAACACGUUAUAACGUUCAAGUUGAUUUUCGGUGUAAAACACAGCCACUAAUAAUAAUAACAUGCUAACAAAAAAUAUGAACUAACACACUUCUGUAGGUCCGGGAUGCAAAUGAACACAUGUAUAAAGUUACAGAGCACUUGUGAAUAUGAACAGAAUCCAUGUAUAGCUUGUAGCGCUAGUUGGGUUUGGAUUCACUGGAGUGGGCGGAGCAAAACUGGCCAAAGCGUAACAUUCUUUGAAAUUGCACUUUCUGAUAACAGAACGUUUCGGUACGAAACUCGCAAUACAUUUCACUGAGGUUGAAUUGAGAUGCUGUAAUGCUACGGUGAGACGUCACUCGUCUGACUUAUGCCAUAGUGUGUAGGGUGAGGUGUAGCGUAGAGGUGUGCGACAGACUCUUUUCUUCUUUUUUGUUUAGCGUUUUUCGUAAAAAUCCUGGAUCCAAAAAUGUCUGCAAUAUUUCUGUCCGUAAAUAUAAACAAAAUAUUCAAUGAAAUAGAACUGAAAUUGAAUGUGUCGUGUUCAGCGUAGCUUGUACUGCUAGCUGUUUGUCUUGUGGGCGUGAACUAACUGCUGCUGAUGUCCCUAGUGGGCAUGGCCAGUCAAGUUUUUUGUAUUUCUGUGACAAACUGAAGUAGCAUGAAAUCACAAGCAUGAAACUUGGGCCUUCGAUUUUAUUUGCUACUCUUUCGAUUAGUAACCAAGCUAGCUGUAUUAGCUAAGCAUCCUUACCAGAAGCAUCAGCCAUUUUUGCUACUUCCUUCUGAGAUCUAUUUUUCUCAGAUAAAAUUGAAAUUUCAUUUCAAAAGUUAAAAUUCUUUUGUUCUGUUUUGCGUGUGAAAACGAACAGCCGUCUGUUUGCUAGCAAGAAUGUAAGGAAACCGUGACCAGGCGAAAGCGUUUACUGAGUUAAUAAAGUAUGUUAAUGUUAACGAACGUGGCCUUUCUCUGUCACGCAAGCUUGUAGGUCGAUUUUUGUUUGUUUCUGAGAGACCGCGGUCCUGAUGCACACCUCUGAACUAGCCUAGAGUUAGCAACGCUCAGCUGCAGCUAUAUUUUUGACACUGCACUUUGCCUUUAGAUGAGAAAUGCUUCCUGCUUUUAAUAUGCUCGUCUCACGUUAUUAUGAACACACGCACAUGUGCAGAACUAAGACAAAUAAACACCAGUCGUUCGGUACGGUGACAUUCGAGAAACCAGCACGUAGAUUCCUAUCGUUUAUAUUUUUUAUUUUUUUCCAUCCCUUUGUCUUUGUCCUUCUCUCUGUGUGUGUAUAUAUGUUGUGUGUGUGUGUGUGUGUGUGUGUGAAGAAGAAAAGAGAGACCGUGCUGCAAAUAAACAAGGGCAUAAAACCCAAAGUCUCCUGGAUGCACGUGAGAUUAUCGUUUCAUUUCCUGCAUGAUGAAAAAAGGAGGCGGAGAAAACAAAAACACAGCUCAUCUUUUCAUUGUGCUCGUUGUGUGCGUUAAAAAAAUUAAAAAACGAAUAUAUAAUUAACAGGAAAAAAAAGAAAAAAAAAGAAACCGGGUUAUUCGAUCUGGAAAGACGAACGAUAAAAUGUAUACUUUCUUACAAACUUUAUGCAGACAAAUUCUCUUUUGUUUUGUUUUUUUGUUUGUUUGUAAAUAAUAAACCUUUAAAAUCUAGAGGGA